CAGCUGCACAGACAUGACACAGACACACAGUCACUGCAGCUGCCUAGCGAGCCCGACGCUCUAGGCACGCGGCGGCUGCUGGACCAGCCCCGAGCUCGAACCCCAGCGUCCGCCUGCGCGCUCCCACGCGGGUCCCCGCACAGAGGUUCCCGCCCGGACGCGCACGGGAAGCGGGGACCGCGCGCCCUCCGCUCGCGGCUCCAGACUGCCCACAGCGGCUGCUUCGGACGCGCGGCUACAAACCCGAGCGCUCCGGGAAGCCGGCGCGUCUCGGAGGCGGUGGCGGCGGCAGCGGCGGCAGUGGCGGGGGCCGUCCGCCCGGGUUCCCCGCACCCACAGUGCUGCGUCCCGCUCGCCGCGCCCCGGCGGCCGUGACCUUCCAAGGGGCGCCUACGUCGGCCCCGGACCCCCGGUCCCGCGCCCCAGGCCAGGGCGAGGCCCUCUCCAGCGCCCGCUUCUCGCCGAGCCGCAGGCGGGCGCGCAGGCCCGGGGGGAGGGUCACCGCGAGCCGCCGCCGCUGGUCCCUGUGCUCGCUCGCUGUGCUCGCCACCGGGGCCGGCUGAGCUGCCCCCCUGCCUCGCCGCUGCUCCCGACCCGGGGCUCCUGGAGCUGGGGGCGCGGCCACAAUCGCCUGGCUGGGUAGGGCCUGCCCUGAAGGGGCUAAGCGGCUAGGAGCGCGGGAGGUGGAGCCGGUAGGGCAGCCGCUCCGCGGUUCUUCCUGGUGCUGGUUCCCGGGACCCAACCCAGGGCGGCCCCAGGCCCCUGCCCAUGCGAGGCGUCCCCGGCUUGGAAGAGUCCUGGCAUGAAACAGCUCCCGGCAGCAGCCUAGGAGGAGGAGAAAGAGGGGACAGUACGCGGACCUUUCCUGUGGCAUUUGGAGCCUAAGGCUGUCCCGAAGUCUGUGCUCGGUACCGAUGGUCGGAUUAAAAUAGCACCAGCUGGGAUGCCGACCCGGACACCCUGCUUUUCGUAGGCGUCAUUGUCACCACGCCAUUCAGCUCUUUUGGUGUGUUCCUCUACCUGGGGGUAGUCAAGGCCAAGAUUUUCUCAGCUCUCAGAGGAAGAAGGUAACAGUGAAAUUUCCCAGGAUGGUGACCACUGAAUGACACGGGCCUCAUCUCUGCAGGUUGGAGGCCAAGUCCCCUGGCUGACUGGGCUGUCUUUUAUCCAUCUCUUUGAGACUGAAGAGGCAGAAGUGGAAGCCAUUUGGAAGGAUUUGGAUAUAGCCUGGACAGAAUUGAUGGGAAGCCCUCGUUUUGGUGAAGAAGCGAAAGUAUUAUGAGGGAUGCUGAGGACUUUAUGCUUUGGACAGAGACACAGCACCACUGGAAUUAGAAAUUGCCACUUCUGAGAGGAUGCUGGGAAUCUGCAGAGGGAGACGGAAAUUCUUGGCUGCCUCUUUGACUCUGCUCUGCAUCCCAGCCAUCACCUGGAUUUACUUGUUUGCUGGGAGCUUUGAAGAUGGGAAGCCUGUGUCUCUGUCUCCCCUGGAGUCCCAAGCUCACAGUCCCAGGUAUACUGCCUCCAGCCAGCGGGAGCGGGAGAGCCUAGAGGUUCGUGUGCGAGAGGUGGAGGAGGAAAACCGUUCUCUGCGCAGGCAGCUCAGCCUGGCCCAGGGUCAGGUCCCUGUUCACCGCCGUGGGAACCACUCCAAGACCUACUCCAUGGAAGAGGGAACAGGGGACAGUGAGAACCUGCGGGCUGGCAUCGUGGCAGGCAACAGCUCUGAAUGUGGGCAGCAGCCAGCUGUGGAGAAAUGUGAGACCAUCCACGUGGCCAUUGUCUGUGCAGGAUACAAUGCCAGCAGAGAUGUUGUCACCCUGGUCAAGUCUGUCCUCUUUCACAGGCGGAACCCUCUGCAUUUCCACCUCAUCGCUGAUUCUAUUGCAGAGCAGAUCCUGGCUACGCUCUUCCAGACCUGGAUGGUACCUGCAGUGCGUGUGGACUUCUAUAAUGCUGAUGAGCUCAAGUCUGAAGUGUCCUGGAUCCCCAACAAACACUACUCUGGGAUUUACGGCCUGAUGAAGUUGGUUCUGACCAAGACUCUACCUGCCAACCUGGAGAGAGUGAUUGUCCUAGAUACUGACAUUACCUUUGCAACUGACAUUGCAGAGCUCUGGGCCGUGUUCCAUAAGUUCAAAGGGCAACAGGUCCUGGGCUUGGUAGAGAACCAGAGUGACUGGUAUCUUGGAAAUCUCUGGAAAAAUCACCGUCCAUGGCCAGCCCUUGGAAGGGGCUACAACACAGGAGUCAUACUGCUGCUUCUGGAUAAGCUACGAAAGAUGAAAUGGGAACAGAUGUGGAGGCUGACAGCAGAGAGGGAACUCAUGGGCAUGCUAUCUACCUCCUUGGCUGACCAGGAUAUUUUCAAUGCUGUCAUCAAACAAAACCCCUUCCUGGUGUAUCAGCUCCCCUGUUUCUGGAACGUGCAGCUGUCAGACCACACUCGCUCUGAGCAGUGCUACAGAGAUGUGUCUGAUUUAAAGGUCAUCCACUGGAACUCCCCCAAGAAGCUCCGUGUGAAGAAUAAACACGUAGAAUUCUUCCGAAACCUCUACCUGACCUUCCUGGAGUAUGAUGGCAACCUCCUGCGGCGGGAGCUGUUUGGCUGUCCCAGCGAGACAGAUGUCAACAGUGAAAAUCUUCAGAAGCAGCUGUCAGAGCUGGAUGAGGAUGACUUGUGCUAUGAGUUCCGGCGAGAGCGUUUCACUGUCCACCGAACCCACCUGUACUUCCUGCACUAUGAGUUCCAGCCUGCUCCUGACAACACGGACGUUACCCUGGUCGCUCAGCUUUCCAUGGACAGACUCCAGAUGCUAGAGGCCAUCUGCAAGCACUGGGAAGGGCCCAUCAGCCUGGCCCUCUACCUGUCAGAUGCUGAAGCCCAGCAGUUCCUCCGCUACGCCCAGGGAUCCGAGGUGCUCAUGAGUCGCCACAAUGUGGGCUACCACAUAGUGUACAAGGAGGGUCAGUUCUAUCCUGUCAACCUCCUACGCAAUGUGGCUAUGAAGCAUAUCAGCACACCGUACAUGUUCUUAUCUGACAUUGACUUCCUGCCUAUGUAUGGGCUCUAUGAGUACCUCAGGAAGUCUGUCAUCCAGCUUGACCUUGCCAACACCAAGAAAGCAAUGAUUGUCCCCGCAUUCGAGACACUUCGGUACAGACUCUCUUUCCCCAAGUCAAAAGCAGAACUGCUGUCAAUGUUGGACAUGGGAACCCUGUUCACAUUCAGGUACCAUGUCUGGACUAAAGGCCAUGCACCCACAAACUUUGCCAAGUGGCGGACUGCCACCAUGCCUUACCGGGUUGAGUGGGAGGCUGAUUUUGAGCCAUAUGUUGUUGUGAGACGAGACUGCUCUGAGUACGAUCGGAGGUUUGUGGGCUUUGGCUGGAACAAAGUGGCUCACAUCAUGGAAUUGGAUGCACAGGAGUAUGAGUUCACCGUGUUGCCCAAUGCCUACAUGAUCCACAUGCCCCAUGCCCCCAGUUUCGACAUCACUAAGUUUCGUUCCAACAAGCAGUACCGCAUCUGUCUCAAAACCCUGAAGGAAGAGUUUCAACAGGACAUGUCUCGACGCUAUGGCUUUGCUGCCCUGAAGUAUCUCACGGCUGAGAACAACAGCUAGCACUAUGAAGGCCACGACUAGGGAGAGACAUGCUACAAGGGAAGCACCACUUUCUGCCCGGGCCUCAACCUUUGAAGACAAAAUUCAUCACCGCUUUUCUUUGGCCUGUUUCUCUUUGUCUCUCUGGCCCCACAAAGCUGCUUUCUUCUGAUAUCUUGGACAGGGACCCAAUCCACAACCAUGAGGUGCUUCCAGAAUGGGACACAGAUGGGUGGAAUCAAAUGAAGAGUUAACAACUCAACCACAAAGCCACAGACAGGGUUUCUAGAUGCUCUCACUGCUUUUGUAAUAAUUAUGGUUCAAAUUCUAGCUGUGGAGAAAGAAAUCACUGUUCUAGGCUUAGUCACUCCAAGAAAUAAGAGCAAGCUAUUUCUUCCUAGGAAGAGAACUUUAUUUUCCCUCUCAUCUAGCUAGGUACUCAAGUGAAGAGCUAGCCAAGGACCCAGACAGCCAUCUGGAGACCUGCAUAGGGACCUUUUAUAUGCAAGGAUCUAGAUAUAGGGUGAAUCAUUUCUUUAUUAUCAAAGUCUCUCUUGUUUUGCUUUGAGUUGUUUGAAUUUGGGGGAGUUUAUUAAUUUUGAUCUAGGACUCCAAGAUAAACAAAUAUCUAAUCAUUAAAGUUCUAAAAGAAAAAUGAGCUCCCUCAACCAACACUACUGUCAGCAAAGAUGAGCAUCCUCAGAGCAUGUUCUCACAUGGGCAGGAUGAACACUGAUACCCCCUGAUGCUUAGUUCCUACUCUCCAGAUCCAUGGCUAUGACAGGGACUACAGAAAUAUGAGGCCAAACACUGUAUGCAAGUCACAUUUUCUAUGGACAAUGACCGAGUCACAAGGAAAGGGCUUCAAGGAACUGUUUCAUUACUCACAGAAGGUAUGAUUCUCCUCUCAGACCUUUAGAAGAACUUGAAUAGUUACUAGAAGACCAAUCUGAAGACUUGUGUGACCACGUGGAAGCCACUGGAAGAAAAGGGUCAGGCGCCUCCCUGUUGGAAGCAGGGGACUUGGUGACCUUAGUUUGCCCUCAGGACUUUGUCUGAGGGUUGGUAAGCACCUCUUCAUUCAGAUGGAGAAAAACACUGAACUUUUUACCUAUUUUCUUUACUCUUCACUAUUAAUGUUGUGUUUACAUUGAUGAGAACAAGAGUUAAUGGCCUACCUACUGCUGGGCUGUUUGUAUUGAGUUGCCAUGUGACCAGCAAAAGCUGCAUUUAAUAAAUGAAAGUACAGACUGUU